UAUUUUGAUGAAGCACACGUGAAUAUGAAGCGGCGUUGUGGUGACAGUCGUGCGAACUUCACAUGAUGGUGAUUUUAGCUGCCGUCUAUCUUAAAAAUGAAAAUGGAAUCAAAUUUGACGAAUACUGAGGUUCGCCUCGCGGUUGCCCAGUGUUUCCGGACACUCUCCUCAUCCACGGAUCGCCAGGACGUGGUCGCCGCUCUCCAGAACCUCCACUCUUACCUGGAGGAUGGACCGGGCUGUACCAUCACUGCAGCUCAGCGGGAAGAGUUCAGGAGAGCUCACUACACCCGCACUCUUCAGUUCCUGGUCAGUAACAUCCAGGCUGACUGGGUGCACAGCUUCUCAGCCUCACAGCGCACGGAGCUGUGGGAUGGAUUCUUCCUCAAAGGUCCUCCAGACCAGUCUUUUCUGGUGUUGAUGGAGGCCAUAGCAGAGCUCAGCAGACCCACCACAAGUCUGGACCACUUUGUCAGCAUCACUGAGAGAUUCCUUCAAAGUGGUCGUCUUGCUGACCUGCUCUGGUCCUACUGUCUGCAGGCAGUUUCAUCAGACUCCCCCCAGCUCCGAGAGACUCUGUUGGGUCGUAUAAGCGCACUACCAGACAUUACUGCCAACAAGUUACAUCCCAACAACAGACCCCUUUUUAUUCCUUUGCAAUAUUACCCACUACUGGCCACAGAGAUGCUGACUGUUUUGGAGCGGACCUGCCAGGCACUGAGAGAUGGCACAGACUGUUCUUUGACUUUUGUGGCUCAGACACUUGGAAAAGUGUGCAUCCAGGGACACAGUGCCUCAGUCCUGGCUCUGAUGGCUCCCCGGCUGUCUGUCUCCACGCACUCAGACAUGGUGUGGCAGAGGGUUUGCUGGAAGCUGCUGGAGAAUGUUCCUCUGCGGUGGAUGGAGAGUGUGCUCACUGGGCUGGUGCAGGCUGUCAGAGGACCUGAUGCCUUGAGCAGAAUUAUUGGAAAUCUAGUGCUAACAAAUAAGAAGGCUCAGUUUGUCCUGACUCAUAAACUGUUGUUACUGCAGUACAAGUAUGAGACUCAGGUUUUGAGAACUAUUUUGGGAUACCUCGCAGCAGACAGGGAUCGAAGACCACUCCUCACGCAGGUUCUACGGUCUGUGUCGCAGGCCUGGGCUAACCCCAGUGCUGUAAAACACACCUCUGUUGAGCAGCAGUUCUAUGUCAGCAAGGCUUUACUGCUGACUGUGAGCCUGUUGAAGGACUCUGAGCUACAGGAGCUUCGCUCUGAGUUACUCCAGUGCAUGCUAGGUGGCAUGCAGAGCCAUCUGGACAGCGGUGUGAUGCGCAUCAGAAGCAUGGGCAUGGUAGUGGGAGAGUGCCUGAGCUCCCGUAUGGAUCUCAGUGGAACCAAGCUCAAAUUUGAGUAUGAGCAGGAUGCAGAUAUUUGUGAGCUGCUGUCUUUCAUGAUUCCCAGCACAUCAGAUGAGCCUGAGCCCAAGCUUGUGAAUGAAGUUGACAAUCCUGAAGGAACUGUGAAAACAGUUCCAUCUUCUCACAUUUUAUCUUCACAAAACUCGUCAGCAUCUCAGCUCUCAAGAACCAAGGCAGACUCAGACCUUGAUAGUGAUGAUGAGCUCGCUCCGUACGACAUGACUGGAGAUCAGAAGAUGAGUCAGGCCUCCCCGCCACGGUACCUCAGGGACUGUCUGGAAAUUUUGAUAUCGUCGGAGGACCCUGAGCGCGUGGAGCUCAGUUUGAGAGGUGCUGAGAGUUUGGUACGGAGGAACGUCUUUGCAGCAAAGGAGAUAAGUGUCCAGAUGACCCAAGUGCUUCUUCACAUGGAUGACAAAUACAGCAUUGGUGGCUUCCUGAUGCUCAAACAGGCCACCAUGGUGGCUCUCACUGUCACCGACUGUAUUCCUGUUACUCAGUAUUUGACCACAGAAUUUUACUCUUUGAACUACAGUCUCCGUCAGCGGCUCGACAUCUUGGAGGUCCUUGCCAUUGCAGCUCAGGAGCUCUCAAAACCUGUCCCCAAAGAGAGUGCACCAUCCAUUAGCGCUGCAUCCACCAGUGAGUUGACUCAGUAUCCAGGUGACAACCCUGUUCACUGGAGACAAGUAGUGGAAACGCGGCUCCAAAGCAAGACGAAACGCAUCUCAAAGGGCACCACACAACCGGCAUCUAAAGCUACCCCUAACCGUUACGCCCCUGUUGCUGGAUACUUCUUUUUCCCUCUUCUGGGGAAUUAUGACAAGCCUCAGGUGACCUUUGACCUCCUGGGCAGCGACCACCUUGUGCUGGGCAGGCUGAUCCACACUCUGGGCGUCUUCAUGCACCUAGCAGUCAAUGCACCGGUAGCUGCACAGAUGGGUUGUGCUUUGUUGGACUUUGUGUGGACGGUUCGCUACCAUCUGGAUCAGAUGGUGAGACGUGGUGUCCUCUUUGCCGUCUGUUCUGUAUUUCUGAGCAUGCCCGGCCAAAGCCUGCUGCCGGACCUCGGCGACCAGCUGUUUGAGACCAGAAAUUGGCUUUCAGAUGUAGCUGAAGGAGAUCCUGAUGCAGAUUGCAGAAGUUUAGCUGUACAGAGUCUGGUACUGUUGGAUAAGACCCUGAAGAAGCAGCUACAAGGUCCACAGGCUGUCAAUCUGGAUUCAUGAUCACAACACCGGUAACGGACAAUUAAAAUUCUGAACGUAAAGACAACCACAUGGACAGAGGAUCAUUUUCCUUCCACCCACUCACUCAUCCUCAUAGAGUCUGGAGAACUGGAGUAUUCUGGCUAGCGGAAGUUGUGUCCCAGAUAUUUACAGAAAGGGUGAUCCUGAUGAUCCGCUGAAGGAUAUCCUUCAAGCUUAAGAACAAGUAUUGCAGGUGCUUCGCUAUUUUGUGUUUUUGUUUUGCUUUUCUUUUCUUUUUUUUUGUCUCAUAUCCUGGAACAUUCAGCUAAGCAGAUGAAAAAGGCACACUUAUGAGUGACCUUGCAGAAUCAUACAAAGAUGCAGAUUAUGUCAUGUUUUGGAUGGCGUAUAAUUUCUGGACCAAAUUCAAUAUUGAUAAAAUAAACAAUGGGGUCUCACUUGUGCUUUUCAUGUGUAUAUUGAAAAGUAUAAAUGCCUAACUUAUGAUAAAAUGCUUUUCCAUAUACACACAUGCACAAUGCAUAUUCUCUUGUACAAGAUGAAUGUCUUAUUGUGCACUAUCCCUGUUUUGAAAUAAAUAAAUUACAAUUACACACACUUCCUGUGAAUAUCUCUGUAAACAUGGAUUUAGAAAUAACAGAAAUACCACUACUACCUCCUGUGGUCAUCGUUAUUUAUUUUUACAUGUUCUUUUGUAUAUUUUUUUAGAUAUAGUUAUUUUCUCAUAGAUUUACC